CUCCAUCCAUGGUCCCGCCCUCCGCUCCUCCCCUCUCACCCCCGAACACAGCAAGAUCUGGAUAGAGCCCCGAGUUUCCAUCUUCCCGCUCAUGUCGACGGCAUCUACUCAGUCCCGAGGCAUUAACCGACGGAUUAACAGCCUUCAGAAUGAAUCCCGCCAUUCGCGCAGUCUCUCGGGGUCCCGCAGACGCCCCGUCAACUCCUCAACAGCCUACAAUUACGCUCUCCGAGUAGCCUACCUAGCUUAUCUCCUCCAGCCUCGCUCGCGUCGUGUGCAGAAUGUGCCCGUCCCUCAGAGGCCUAAAAGGGCCUCUACCUCGUUUCACGACCUGAUGAGCGAUUUCUCUCUAGUGCGAGACUCCAAGAGUACCCGCAUCCCUCAUGGAUUCAUCGCAGAGCUGGAGAAGAGGUUGACAGGCGUCCUGAUUGGAAAGGAAAAGCGGAAAGAAUACCAAGACACGCUGGUCGUGAGGACAUUCGCUGCAUUUCUCAAUACCCUUAAGGACCAGUCAUUUAAGAAGCGCAUGGAGAAGGACCGGCGGGCCGAAGACCUCGUCCUAAUCUUCUACUCGAAUGCGACUAAGGAGCUUAGCAAAGGAAAAGACCCAGAAGAUGAUCACUGGAAGCUUAUGGUAGACAGACACGUGGCACUUUUCGUUCGUUUGUUCGCGCUUAUCUUAAAGGAUCACGACUGGGCAAAAGAACGACCUGAGCUGGCAAACCGUCUGUCGGUCCUGGAGAACAAACUGCUUUCCCAGGAUCAGGAUCUCGUGCAGACAAACGGCACAACUACGGUGGAAGUUGUUGCCCCUCUAAGUUACGAUGUCAAGGACAUGCCACUUGUACAACACGUGGCGAGAAUCUUUGACGUGAAUUUAAGCCAGGUACAGGCAGACAUAGAUAAGAAUAAAGGGGCCUGGACCGGAAAAUCGGCACUGCAGGAUUUGAAAGCUUACCAGGCUCAUCUAAACCUCAAGACUCGGAAAACAUUGUCUCAGGAAGACUUUGAAAGUGAGGAAGCAUAUGAGCUUUGGAAGAAAAAUGAGGGCCCUGAUUUGUCGCAGAUGAUGCUUGCUAUUGUACAGUCGAACCCAGAACUCGCCAAAAGCACCCCGGGUGCGCUUCCACAUUUCAAUCCAAAUGCUGGUGACCAGGAUCCGGCGGGGGAGCUCUCGAGGACAAACUCCGAUAGGCCGUCGUCGUAUGUCAUAGAUCAGUCUCUGGAUCUCAGUUCACUGUCUUUGGGCGAUGACGGUACUGAGCCUUCGGAUGAGUCUGAUACAUAUACGUACAUACCUCAAGAUCCCCGGUUUAUGUAUCGGUUUAUACUAGCUCGGACCCUGAGCCAUGACCUGAAAGACCGCGAGAUCGAGGCGACGCAGGCUACGUCGGAGGUACCGUCAAUGAAGCUCUUUUCAAAACAGUCGACGGAGUUCCUAAACGAGGUCUGCCUUCGCUGGCGGAUCCCCAACUAUUCCAGGAUAGUCUUGUUUCUGGAUGUUGCCCGGUCCAAGUUUGUGGAUAACGAAAUCGAUCUCAAUACACUUGAUUCGGCUUUCACUUUCGUGAAAGAGUCCUCAUCUGCAGAAGGCAAGAGGCGCAGUAGCUUUGUCGCUUCCGUUCUUUAUGACAGGCAGAAGUGGACGAUCCAUGACCUUCUGUUAAUGCAGCAAAUACUAUCCUCCCUUCAUGAAGCCCUGCUCAGGGAGCUGUACGAUGUGAUGAUGGAUUGCUACGAAGGAAAGCCUCGUCCCAUCGGUCCGGUAAUGUAUGUACUGGAGAACCAUAUUCAACUGGAUCCUAACUACACCGAGGAUCUCGAGGAUAUCGAGCGUUUUCGCUCAUAUGUGCAGGACGGGCUCGCACAAAAAGCAGCUGAGAAGUAUCAAGAGCUUUUGGGACAACUGAUCCCAGUCGAGCCGGAGUCCUGGGAGCUGGACCACAUCAUCCAACUUUGUGAUGCCAUCACUAAACUUGCACAGAAAAUUAGAAAACGUUACCGGAAAAAUCCUGAGAUCAUGGGAGUCAACCCUUACUUGAUCUUGCUGUCCAAUGUGCUUCCAAUAUUCUCAGAGGAUGCUCACGAGAUGGUAAUUAGGAUUAUUGAGCUCGAGAAAGUGAGGGGUGAGGAGACCGAUAUUCAAGAUGGAUUCGACCUGUAUAGACAGCUGGCGGACAUCCGUCGUCUCUUCACCGAAGCCCUUCCUGAUGUCACCUUCCCAUUCCAUGUCGAGGGUCUGAUGGAAGAAUUUGUGUGGCGGUGGAUCCGCCUGACUGAUGCAAAGGUUGCGGACUGGGUUGAACAGGCAGUCAAGCAAGAUGCUUUCAGUGUUCGAGCGGACGGCAUGGCGGAAGAAGCGGUUCCGGAGGAAAACCGACAUAGCGUAUCUGUAAUCGACAUUUUUCGCUCCUUCAAUCAGGUUGUCGAGCAGAUGAUCUCCCUUGAGUGGGAUGAUGAUUUCCAGUACGCCAAGUUCAUGACCGCCCUGUCCAAAUCCAUAGGGGGCGGCGUGGCAAGAUACUGUGAAUCCUUGGAGCAGAUGUUCGCUAGGGAGAUGGAUCGACUGUCUCCCGAUCAAGAGGCUGCUAUGAACCAAACCGCCCAAGAGAGGCUGAUGCAAUUUGCCAAGGAAGCAUGGACGAGCAAAGAAAAAAUCGAGCCGUUCCAAUUCUUUCCCGAGUCUCUGGUCAAACUGAAUAACGUCGAAUAUGCCCUUUCUCAGCUAGACAAGUUGGAAACCGAAAUCAAUGUUGACGGUUGCGCAGAAGUGAUAGCAAGCCAUGCUCAACCCCAGCUCCAGAAGAUCCGUAAGUCUACGACAUAUGUUUUCACUGUCAAGGUGGUGGAAGCAGAAGACUUGAAGGCGUGCGAUAUGAACGGUGGAAGCGACCCCUACGUUGUGCUGGCCGACGAAUACCAGAAGCGCAUAGCCAAAACUCGCAUUAUCUACAACAACCUCAACCCGCGGUGGGACGAUGCUGUCGACAUAACAACGCAGGGGCCGGUUAAUAUCAUCGCAACAAUCUGGGAUUGGGAUGCCGUCGGUGACCACGACUACGUCGGUCGGACUUCUAUUAAGCUCGACCCCGUGCAUUUCAGCGAUUUCCUGCCAAGGGAGUACUGGCUCGAUUUGGAUACACAGGGCCGACUGCUACUUCGCGUGAGCAUGGAAGGGGAACGCGAUGACAUACAGUUCUACUUCGGCAAAGCGUUCCGAACGUUGAAGCGGACGGAGAGGGACAUGACUCGCAAGAUCACGGAAAAGCUCUCCGCAUAUAUCAGCCAUUGUCUAUCGCGCCGGACGUUGAAAUCAUUGUUAUCCCGAGGGCUGAGUAUUUCCAGCGUAUCCAAUUUCUUGAACCGGAAUCGAGCCCAAUCGACCACUGCCACCCCGUCCAAUGCGGACGUGGAAAACGCGCUGACCCCCCUCUUCGACUACUUCAACGAUAACUUUGCGAUCAUGAACAAAACUCUCACCUCGGAGGCCAUGAAAAUGGUCAUGGCACGUCUGUGGAAAGAAGUGCUUGCUACCAUCGAGAGUUUGCUGGUACCCCCAUUGUCCGACAAACCCUCCCACCAAAAGCCCCUCACAAUGCAAGAGGUGGAUGUUGUCUCGCGCUGGCUGGUGCUUCUGUUGAACUUCUUCCACGCCGUUGACGAAGAAACUGGCGAAGCCAAUGGCGUUUCAAUUGAUAUCUUGAAAUCGCCCAAAUACCAUGAGAUUCAGACCCUGAACUUCUUCUAUUUCGAGCCCACCGAGACUUUGAUCCGCACCUCUGAGCGGAUGGCCUCUGCGACGAUCUCUCGCCAGCAGGCCAACAAGAACCGGAUCUCUGCUCCACCACACCUCGGUGCCGCGGGGACCGGCAGCGUCCUGGGCCUCCCCAGCGCACGUCGGGCCAAGAGCAUCAUGCUCUCGCGGAACCUUGGCACGAUGAAGAAGAUGAAGGAGGAGAAAUGGCGGGAGGCUCAGGCUGAGCCGAACGACGACAUGAUCCUCCGAAUUCUACGUAUGCGUCCAGAAGCCGCAGGCUAUCUGCGCGACCGCAGUCGGCAAAAGGAGCGACUGGCGGCGGCAGCGGCGGCAGAUGCCAUUGUGAAACAGAGCCUGAUGGCGGGGGCGGGGGGCAGGAUGACUGGGACCCUGGGCCGGCGAUGAAGGUUCGGAGGGACUGGGCCGACAUUCGCGGUCUUUUGUUAUGUUGUUGUUAACUUUCACACUGUGUUUCACUCUGCGUUUCAGCAUGAUGCAACAUCGUUUGGCUUCUUUGAUAUGGACGUGAUGAUUCCCAAAUCUAG